CAAGUGACUAGGACUCUUGAGAUCAAAGGCUUACCAUGCUACUCCCCAGGACAGCCAGGGACUGCUGACGUGACCACUGGACAGUGAUCUGUGGUUCGUAUAGUUACCAAAAAUAAUGGAUAAGCUUAAUAAAAUAACUGUCCCCGCCAGUCAGAAGUUGAGGCAGCUUCAAAAAAUGGUCCAUGAUAUCAAGAACAAUGAAGGUGGAAUAAUGAACAAGAUCAAAAAGCUGAAAGUCAAAGCACCUCCAAGUGUUCCGCGAAGGGACUAUGCCUCAGAGAGGCCAGCUGACGAAGAGGAGCAGUGGUCAGAUGACUUUGACAGUGAUUAUGAAAACCCAGAUGAGCACUCCGACUCGGAAAUGUAUGUGCUGCCGGCCGAGGAGGCUGGGGACGACAGCUACGAGCCACCACCCGCCGAGCAGGAGACUCGGAUAGUUCACCGGGCCCUGCCCUUCACCAGGGGCGAGUACGUAGACAAUCGGUCAAGCCAGAGGCAGUCUCCGCCCUUCAGCAAGACCCUUCCCAGUAAACCCAACUGGCCUUCGGCAAAGGCGAGGCAGGCCGCCACUCUGCCAGCCCCGACUUCUCUGCACAAACCUCAAGUCCCACCCAGACCCAAAGAGCUCCUUGAGGAUGAGGCUGAUUAUGUGGUCCCUGUGGAAGAUGAAGAUGAAAACUAUAUUCAUCCCACAGAAGACAGUUCACCCCCAUCUGAAAAAGCUCCCAUGGUGAAUAGAUCAACCAAGCCAAAUAACUUCUCAAAGCCAGCCUCACCUCCAGGGACAGCUUCAGGUCGAAAGAGCGGGGCCUGGGACUCUAAGUCAACCUCUUCACCUGCUGCACCAUGCCCAUUGCCCAGGGCUGGGAAAAAAACAGCUACGCCGCUGAAGACGACUCCAGUUGUCUCUCAACAGAAUGCCUCAAGUGUUUGUGAAGAAAAACCUAUACCUGCUGAACGCCACCGAGGGUCUAGUCACAGACAAGAAAAUAUGCAGUCACAAGUUUUUUCUCCUCCUCCCCAGAAACCAAUUCAUCAAAAACCCAUACCUCUGCCAAGAUUUCCAGAAGGGGGAAGCCCAACUGUGGAUGGCCCAUUACCCAGCUUUUCAUCUAAUUCCAAUUUGUCAGAACAGGAAGCUGACGUUCACUGUAAACCAUGGUACGCUGGUGCCUGCGAUCGAAAGUCGGCCGAAGAGGCAUUAUACAGAUCGAACAAGGAUGGAUCAUUUCUUAUUCGGAAAAGCUCUGGCCAUGAUUCCAAACAGCCAUAUACACUAGUUGUAUUUUUUAAUAAGCGAGUAUAUAAUAUCCCUGUGCGAUUUAUUGAAGCAACAAAACAGUAUGCUUUGGGCAGAAAGAAAACUGGUGAAGAGUACUUUGGAAGUGUUGCUGAAAUCAUCAAGAAUCAUCAACACAGUCCCCUGGUUCUUAUUGACAGUCAGAAUAACACAAAAGAUUCCACAAGACUGAAAUAUGCAGUUAAAGUUUCAUAAAUUAAAAAAAAUUUUUUAAAGGAAGUCAACAUCAUUGCUUCAGACAUUUUACCUACUUCUACUUUUGAGGAAAAAGUCCAAAAACUUCAUAUUUUGGAUUAUGAAUCAUCCAGUAAUAAAAUAGAAGAUGAGGAAGCUGUUGAGGUGGUCAUCGAUUUCCUUAUA